UCAGGCGGAAAUGCGUCACACCGAAGCGACUUUCUUCUGUGAAUGACGGUCACCACCACGGUCUUAACUUUAAAAAGUAGACAGCUUUAAUGUGACUAUUAAUUGGCGUGUAAAUAAAUAGAAAUAUAGAGGGUUCCGCAAUUUAAAGUAAAUAUGAAGCAGCACAAAAAUGCAUGGCGUGCACUAGUUGUCUUUGAAUAGGGAAUUAAAAAGGGAGGGUUGAGCGAUUAAGAAUAUUUACCUGUGACCCUUUUUAGUAGCUGUGCAAGUAUAACACGGAGGCUAUGGCGUGUGUGGCGCCUUCCUCCGCCUUUAAGGAACAGCUGUCUUCCAGCAUCGAGCGGGAACUAAGCGCGACUUCACGAGCCGUCCUUGGCACCCUGUCGGAAUUUACCAACGGCGAUUUUUCCGUUUUUCAAGCUGAAAGAGAUAAGCGGCAGCACGUUUCUCUACAAAGGAGAGCCGAGACGGAGAAUUACAUUUCUUUAAUCAAUGAGGAGGCAGCGAAAGCGGCUACGGAUGUUAUCAUGAAGAACUUCAGUGGGAUAGUCACGCUGAUGGAAGAAGCGGUGAAGGCGGCAGCGCAGAUCAUCACCACGCAGCUGACAAGCCUCGUGGAUAAAAGAUUCGCCGACUUCCAGCUUGAAAUGUUCGGGAAAGAUAAAGAGAUUGAGAGUCUGAAGUUGCAGCUGGACAUCUGCCGGAGUGACUUGAGCGCCGUGCUUGACCACCACGGCUCGACAGGCGGGACGAUCGCAGCGUGGAGAUCGAGUGAAGCGGCGAGGGGGAGAGAUAAAGAAGAUGCUGCUCUUCAUAGCGCUGCAGUGUCUCACAGUGAAAUGAUUCACAUAGAAGAGGACAUACUAAAUUGGGAGUCCUGUAUUCCAGUCCAAGGAUCUUCGAAACAGGGCACUGCAGUCAGUGAGCAGAUUAUUUGCAACACUGAUGAUAAGGAUGUUAAACCAGAAACUGCUAUGCUGAUAAAAGGUGGAUCAAGGCAGGAUCCAGUGCAGAUUAAAAAUGAAGUGUGCGAUCAGGAGUCUGCGCACUAUAAUUCCAUUAACUGUGAGUCGGAGUCUACUGGGCUGUCGGAGAGGCAAUGCUUGAAGUCUGCUUCUGAGCAUAGCUGGCCAGUAAUGGAAGAGAUGUCUAAAACUGCAUCUAGUCAGAGAGCACAGCAUAGUCCUCAGCUGCCAUCUUCAAGCAUUGAGCAGUGUACAUCUGAAUCGCUGCAAUGGGACAGGGAGAUAAGUGAGGACCACUCCUCUGGAAGAGAACAGAAUGGAAAACCAACUUCUGAUGAAAGCCUACCUCGAUCAACAAAUUUCCGAAAACCCAGAAGCCCCUUUCUGUCUGCAUUCUCCCAGGCCCCUCAGUAUGAUCUCCACCAGACCUGGCACGAGCCUACAUCUCAAAGUGAAAACAUGAGAACAACAAAAGGUUUGUCAGAGAGUGAAAAAUACUCUCCACUAGAAUGCAAUGCUGCCCCUGUCCCAAAGAUGACUGGACCAGACGCCGUUGAAAGUGCUCCAUGGAUCCCAUCUGUGCCUUCUUACCAUUGCUCCGUUUGUGCAAAGGACUUCAAACAGAAAACUCAUUUUGAGGAACACAAGAAAGUUCAUUCUGGAGAGAAAUCCUAUUGUUGUACUGAAUGUGGAAAGAAAUUUGUGAAGAGCGGCAGCUUUCUUCGACAUCAGAGAAGUCACACGGUACAGAAGGCAUAUUGUACCGAAUGGGGGGAAAGCAUUAACCAAGAGAACAGCCUGGGGCAACAUCAGCAAAGUCAUGCCAGGGAGAAGACCUAUGGUUGUAGUGAAUGUGGAGAGAGAUUCAGACAGAAAACCAUGCUCCAACAGCAUCAGCUGCUUCACAACAGGCAGAAGCCAUACUGCUGCACAGUGUGCGGUAAACGAUACACCCAGAAAAACAGUCUAAUGCAGCAUCAGAGGAUUCACACAGGGGAGAAGCCAUAUUGUUGCAAUGAAUGUGGCAGGAGAUUCAUCCAGAAAAUCCAUCUCCUACAACAUGAGAGGAUUCACACCGGAGAAAGGCCAUACAGUUGCACUGAAUGUGGGAAAAGAUUCAUACAGAAGAGUAGUCUUUUGCACCAUCAGAAAGUUCACAAUGGAGGAAAGCCAUAUUGCUGCAAUACAUGUGGGGAGAAAUUCACAUUAAAGAGUAACCUUAUGCAGCAUCAGAGCAUACAUACUGGAUCAAACCCGUAUUUGAUGCAUUGAUCCUAAAGACUAAAAUCAAAUAUCUGGCCAAAAAUUUUUUUUUUUUUCCCCCAAAAUGACAUUCUACUGAAGUUGGAAAAAUAACUUGUAAACCCUCGACGUGUAUGAAGAGGUUAAAGAGCGGAGAGACCAAAGAUUUAAAAUGCAAAAAAAAGAUGCCUUUUAUGUAAGUUGUUAAAAGAUACAAAAUAAAUAACUUCUUUAAGUACCAUGAGGCAUCUCAACCUGUAAACGUAAGGUUAUCCAGCAGACCGAUUCCAAUGUGGUGCCUGUUACCUUUCAUUUCAGUUCAUAUUUGUACAUUAAUUUACCUGGAUAUUAGCCAGUUAUUAUUGCAUUCUUUAAGCAAAUUGUUGUUUUUUUUUUUCUGCAAAUACACUUAAUCAUGUUCAUAAGGUGUUCCUGGUGUAAUCUCAAAAUAUGUGAGAAAGCUGCAUCCCAGCCUUGCAAAUAAAGCUGAAGUCAUAUUGCAC